AUUGUUACGGUCAACAGAAACUUCAAGCUUGCUUCUAGGCUUCUUGGUUUGGACUCAAAGCUCGAGCAAAGUCUUCUCAUUCCCUUCAGAGAAAUCAAGGUGGAAUGUACCAUACCGAAAGACGAUGGAACUCUUGCAUCAUUCGUUGGAUUCAGAGUCCAACACGACAAUGCAAGAGGUCCCAUGAAAGGUGGCAUCAGAUAUCAUCCAGAGGUGGAACCGGAUGAAGUAAACGCAUUGGCUCAACUCAUGACAUGGAAAACAGCUGUGGCUAAAAUACCUUACGGUGGAGCCAAAGGAGGGAUUGGUUGUGACCCGACCGAGCUAAGCAUCUCAGAGCUCGAACGUUUGACUCGAGUUUUCACACAGAAGAUCCAUGACCUCAUUGGUAUUCAUACCGAUGUUCCUGCUCCUGAUAUGGGAACCGGUCCUCAGACAAUGGCGUGGAUUCUUGAUGAAUACUCGAAAUUUCACGGACACUCUCCUGCUAUUGUGACCGGGAAACCCAUUGAUCUUGGGGGAUCUCUAGGAAGAGAUGCUGCUACAGGAAGAGGAGUAUUAUUCGCAACAGAAGCUCUACUCAAUGAACAUGGAAAGAGCAUAGCUGGACAGAGAUUCGCCAUCCAGGGUUUUGGAAAUGUUGGUUCUUGGACGGCGAAGUUGAUAAAUGAGAAAGGUGGGAAGAUUGUGGCAGUGAGCGAUGUGACAGGAGCAAUCAAGAACAAGGAUGGAAUCAAUAUCUCUGGUUUGCUCGAGCAUACCGAAGAAAACAUAGGAGUCAAAGGGUUUGAUGGUGCUGAUGCUAUCGAUGCUGAUUCAGUUCUAGUUGAAGAUUGUGAUAUCUUGAUCCCUGCAGCUCUAGGUGGCGUCAUCCACAGGGAAAAUGCAAAUGAGAUUAAAGCAAAGUUCAUCAUUGAAGGUGCUAAUCAUCCAACCGAUCCUGAAGCUGACGAGAUAUUGAGGAAGAAAGGUGUUGUGAUUCUUCCAGACUAAAUGGGUUCAGAACAUACAAGGAUUCAUGUGGGAUGAGGAAAAGGUGAACAAGGAGCUAAAGAGUUACAUGACUCGCGGCUUCAAAGAUUUGAAAGAGAUGUGUAAGACUCACUCAUGUGAUCUCCGUAUGGGAGCUUUCUCCCUAGGUGUUAACCGUGUGGCUCAAGCUACCGUUAUCAGAGGCUGGGGAUCAUGAGAUCCCCCUUGGGAGUUCAGUAAUAAGAACUCAUACAAUCCUUACCUAUUGUUGAUUUGCUUUGUAAUCUUUAAAAAAAAUCUAUCAAUGGAAGCUAAUUAGAUGCAUUUUUUUAAAAAACUCCAUUGGUUAAAGCAAAUAGAGUAUGAGAAGAAUUUAGAAACUAAAAACAAACAAAAAAAACUUUAGAGUAUGGAAGUUUGAUUUUUGAUGACUCUUGGCUGGUGUUUGCUUGAUUUAAUCUUUCUGUCCAGUCUCAUGUAAUAUUUCAAAUGUUUAGUAGUAGUCUUAGAUCAUUUCUUAUUGGAGUUGAAACAUGUGUGCACCCAUUUUUUCUAUGUCAUUUUGAGUUUUGACUUGACUAAAAUAAGUUCUUGUUAUGUACAAGACUGGCCGAAGACCAAGUGCAAGCAGUGCACCCGCUCCAUGGCCCAGUGAGCACAUAAGUUUUUUUUUUUUUAUCAUUUGUAUAACUUUUCACCAAUUUAUAAUUAACAAAUAAAAUAUUAUAAUUAAUAUUAAAUAGUAGUCAAUAUGAGUCAAUGAAUAUAUUUAUCAAACUUCUUCUUUCUCUUCAAAAAUUGUUCAUAUUUCCAAGUGACAAUGCAAUUUCAAAAAUAUCUCAAAAUCGUUGAUUCUUCGAAGAUUAUUGAAUACGUGCAUCUUCAACUGAAAAUUGACGUAAACAAGAUUAUUUUCUGUUAAUGAUCUGUUGUUUUGUUUACUGUCCUAUUUUUUUCUAUUGAAAAAAACUCAAGAUUUUUUUUGUUGGUUCUUCGAUUCUUCCAAAAGAAGAUGAUUACACGUAUUAAUCCAAUGCAAGAGCAUAUAAAUAAAGGUGUUAAUGAAUGUCAAACUUGAUUGAUCCAAUGCAAGAGCAUAUAAAUAAAGGUCUGAAACUGAUAGAACAUUAUUAUUUAACUUAAAACUGAUAGAAUCCUGGAGAUCCCUCGACGCUCUUUCUUAUACGCCAGUCACGCACUCUGUGUGCAUAAACGGUGUUCUUCACUUCGGAGCUCAGUCCUUUGUCGAUCCCAACAAAUAUAAGGUUGUGACAUUCAAUUUGGGUUCGGAACGGUUUGGUCUAAUCGACCUACCUGACGAACUCCAAAUAAAUCCAGUUGUUGAUAGAUUGGUUAAGUAUCGAGGAACAGCCUGUUUGGUGAAAUACGACAACUGUUUCGACCUUCCCAAUGGAAAAAGAGUGCAUCGAUUAUUUGUCAAAGAGGAGAAUGAAGAUAAACUGAGUCCAAUAUUAGUUCAGAUUCCUGGGUGGAGGAAUGUUGCCGGGAAUCUGGCCUUUGAUUUCACAGGUACAACUGAAGAGGAUGAGGAGCUUGUCGCGGUAUCUUCCGUUGGGAUUGAUGGAUACCAUUACGUUAUCUACUUCAACUCGGAAACAGAGCUCCUGAGGAAGAUCAAGAUCGACGGAGGUUCAUCUGGUGCGACGUUGUGACAGAGAUUGAUCACUUCGAUUCGCUGCUUCUUACUUGAGUUUCGGUUGUCUAUUUAUCUCACGGUUCAUUGUUGUUGCAUUUCUGGUUUCAGUUUCCGUUAUGUCUUUAUCUUAUAUGCUUCAUUGUCGCAUUUCUGGUUUCAAUUUCCGUUAUCAAAUAAGCUUGUAUGUUUGGGCCCUAAUAUUAAGUAAAAACCUCAGUUUAAAUAAAAUUGAUUACCAUUUUACUGAAACGUAUAUAAACAUGUUCUACUACAAGUAUAUUACAUGUACGAUUUAAAACUGUUACAAUCAUUACUGUGAUAAAUAUAUAAUCGUUUCAACUUAAUCUAAGUAAUUAUACAUUUCAUGUUUGAUGCCUCUUUUUAUAGAAUAGAUAGAUGAUUAUGUAUAUAGUUUUUUUUUUUUAAACUUUUAUAUUAUGUUUAUAAAAUGAUGAUAAAUUAUUUUUAAUAAUAUUUGGAAAAAAAAGUAUUUAACCCAACAAAAAAAAUAAAAUAAAAGGCAAUUUAAUUUUUUUUUACAUCUCUUUAUUUUGGAAACACUUAUAAUUUUAAAGUUUCAAAAGUGUGCGUGCCAAAAUGGGGUUUACAACCUAAGUGGACAUGCGUUUAACUUUUAAUGAAUUCAAAUAUAAUUAAUUGGGCCAUGUAUUGGGCCGUAUAAUUAAUCAAUUCUCAAAGCCCGCGGCCCAUUGUGAAAGCAUCGAUUCCACCUCAUCUCUCUCCCCAUCCCUUUCUCCGCCGCUCACACUUUCGAAUUUACCUCUUAUACUUUAAAUGGAAUCGCCGGAGGAGGAGCGGAGGAUUUGGCUCAGCUACAAUCUACCAUGCGCGCCGAUUGAACUUACAUUCAGAUAAAUACUAAUCCAGCUGCUGCUGCUGAAGCUACCGCCCUGUAGAUUCUUCAUUCUUGGUAAAAUUCCAGAGGAUUCUCAGGUGGCGUCUGCUAGGUUUCAGGCUGCUGCAGCUAUUAGGGAAUUGAGUUUUCUUUUUACUGAGGAUAAAGGUGGUUCGAUUAGGCUUAAAUCCUCUCAGACUCAGUCCACACUCUCAAGCCUAUUCGAAUCUUAUUUUGCGAUGAAGCAUUGUUCACUAUUCUUGUCUCCCAAGUGGGACUCUAGUGAUGGUGAUGACCUGGAUGAAAGAAGGGCCAGUGAGGUAGCUGUAGGUGGUGGUGGAGUAACGCUCAAAGUCACCGCCAGAAUAUGGGAACCAGAAAAAAAAAAGGGAAAAGCUAGAGAUCUUCAAUGGUAUCUGAUCAUUCAAAUGAAGAUCUUGGAGACACCAAGAAAGAAAAGGAGUAGAUUAAGAAGAAAGGUGUGUUGCAUGAGAUGAAGAGUGAGUUACAAGAAAGGAUUAUGACCGGUCUUGUGGGUUAGCACCAGACUUUCCUAUUACAACAGAAGAGCUUAUUACCACAUUAUUAUCUAAUCAAGUUAAAGCCAUUGGGAGACUCAGAAAGCUUCUUACAAACUAAACUUCCACUAGGCACAUUCCCCGUGAAGGCCAUUCGAGGAGGAAGUGUUAAGCAGGUGAAGUUUUAUGACGAUGAUGUGCGUUACUGGCAACUGUGGCGCAAACGCUCUGCAGCUGCUCAAUCUCCAUCUGCUGUCAAUCUUCUCACGUCCGGUUUCACCUCUCUGGCUUCUACUUUUCCGAAUUAUUCUGCUCCAACGUUCCUCCUUUCUUUGCAGCAGGGAGUUCCUUUCAAGAUCAUCUGCUUGCACGUAGAUAUACAGGUGGCCAUAAAUGAUCAAUUUAUUGCUUGAUUAAUUUCAUGGCAUCAUCUGGCGAGCCCGUGGGAGUCAGAGAAGGCUGAUUUGUACGAGAGGCAGACAUACUACAGAGAUAAGAGGAUAUCACGUUACAGAGGAGAAGUAACAAGCACACAGCAAAAGUCACUUGUGCCAGAUAAGAAGGGGUGGCUUGUGGAAGAGGUCAUGACUCUCCAUGGAGACUAUUUCAAUCUCCAUCUUAGAUACCAGAUGGAAGAAGUGGCAGCGUCAAAACCAAAUACAACUUAUGUGCGAGUAUACUUUGGGAUUGAAUGGCUAAAGAGCAGCAGUAGACAUCAGAAAAGAGUGACAAAGAAGGAAUAUAGCAGCAAGCAGACAACAGCAGAAGCAUG